CUGCUUUCUUGGGUCACAAUGCCGAACACUUCGCAAAACCCUAUUAGCUUUGCUUUCCUUUUUAUCAUAGUGCUUUUCACCACACAGAAGAUUUAUUUUCGAUCUGGUAAAAUUGAUCCCUAUCGUUGCCUAGCUCUCCUGAAUAAUGGGACAUGGUCGCCUUUGGCUCCGGACGGCUCCCGACGAUGGGAGCCAAAAGAUUGUCGUAUGGUCGAGCAUACUGCAAACUCUCUUCACGAAUGCCUCAAUGACCGAAAAGUUGUCUUCAUCGGCGAUUCUACAAUCCGGCAGCUUUUCUGGGCUGCCACCAAACAAGUUGCUCACCCCAACUCCGAAACCAGGAUAAAACGUCUGCUUCAAUCGAACGGCAAGCAUCGUGAUAUGUCGGUCCGGGUUGAUAACAUCCAGCUAGAAUUCAUUUGGGAUCCUUGGCUAAACUCUACCGCCUUGCACGGCGUGCUUAAGACCUUCUACGUUCUACCUACAUUCCUAGACGUCGAAGCCAUUGCGGGGAUGGAUGGAUUGCCCCCCGUGUUCGUUGUCUUGGGUGCCCCUGGACUCUGGGCUGCUCGAUACGGCGGAAAUGACUAUCUAAACCUGUUUAAGCGAGCGGUCGCCGGCGUCGUGCCGUACUUGUCACCUAGCUUAGACAGUGACAUAAAAGAGGCAAUGAUGACGGCACAUAGCCCCGGCGAUAUCCCAAACCGGAUUUUGCUAGCGCCAGUAGGAAUCCCAGAUUACAGCAACCUAGCUCCGAAUCGGUCUAAGAGCAUUACGCCGGAGCGGAUUAAGGCCAUGAAUAACUAUCUCUCGCAAGUCUUCCCGAAUCAUCUGUCGUAUAUUCCUUGGGUAUACAACAAAAUUGCCACCUCUUCUAAAAAGGAUUUCGAUAUAGACGGCUUGCAUAUGUCGGACAGUAUGGCAGCACUCAAGCUCAACAUUGCUUUCAACGCACUUUGCAAUUCAGCAGCAAACGCCCGCUCACACUCUUUCAAGGGCACAUGCUGCGUCAGUCCUCUACCCAACUAUAUGCCUCUGGUAGUCUGUAUUUUAUUGGGAAUUUUAGCGAGAUACAGGUCUGCUGUUGAGUGUCAUAGCCUGGAGGUCACAGGUAACCCGGAAGUUGUGGAAUCUGCCGAAACUCUCAGAAACAUACUUGUUGCUCUCCUAUGGUGUUGGUACGCCGACGAGACUUCUUUCUUCAUAAAAGUUGAACGCCACUAUGAGCAAGACAUCUUUGUCGCGACUUGCCUCGUAUGGUUAGUGGUCAGCAUAUUGUCGUCAAGGAAAGCCCCCCAGCAGACAGAUGGUCCUUCAUCGUCCAAACUUGAUCUGCGAUACUAUCAUGGUCCAGGAUAUAUACCGCGGAGUCAGUCUAACGAGAUCAAAGGUUUAAUGCAGGGGAUUAUCCUGCUCUACCACUAUCACUAUGCGUCUCAGGCUCUUUGGGUGUACAAGAUCGUCCGACUAUUUAUCUCCGGAUACCUCUAUAUAUCUGGCUAUGCUCAUACGCUAUACCUUCUCCAAACGGACGACUUCUCUUUGAAUCGCGUCAUAGAAAUUCUAUUCCGUUUGAACCUUCUGAGUGCCUGCUUACCAUACAUGAUGAGGACAACAUACACGACCUAUUAUUUUGCCCCUGUUAUCACGUUCUGGUAUCUUGUUUUAUACGUGAUGCUUCGAUCCUUCAAAAGCUACAAUCGCGACCUGCGUUGGCUAUUUUUGAAAAUAGUGGUGACGGUUAGGCUCACCGAUUUGUUUAUACUUACCCCUGGUAUUCUUGAAGCUGUUACCAGAUUCAUACACGCUAUCUUCUUCAUGUCCAUAGAUGCAGAAGAAAUGCGUUUCAGGCUACGUCUAGACCGCUACAUCACCUUCGUCGGAAUUAUUGUGGCGGCUCUUACCCAUCGCGCCUCUGUUCGCGGAGAGCGGGAUUUCCUUCGACUUGGCCGGGCUGGGGAAAUCCUUACCCUAAGAUUCACACCCUGGCUUGCUAUUGUCUGCGCAGGGAGCAUUACGACAUUCUUCUACACCACCCAAACUUAUCUACAAGGGAAGCAGGCAUAUAAUCGACUUCACCCAUUCAUAUCCUGGAUCCCGAUACUGAGCUUUAUAGUGCUCAGAAACUCUCACCGCGUGUUAAGAGAUAGGUACCUUUUAUUACCCAGCCUCCUCGGCCGUAUCUCGCUAGAAACAUACGUCCUGCAGUACCACAUUUGGCUCGCCGAGGAUGCUACAGCGAAGCUUUUCCUGGGAUAUUGGGAAGACCGCUAGGGGCGGUUUAUCGAAACGGUGGUUCUCACUGCUUUUUUCAUCAUGCUUGCGGCAGUUGCAAGUGACAGUACCAGAACAUGUGCUCGCUGGUUGAAUGGACCGAGGGCUGUGGGACUGCUUUUAGGGCUAUGGACUGGGAAUGUCAUAUCCAGCGGGGUACCAAUAUUGGGAGUUUGAAUGUUAUGGUGCGAAUAUGUGGUAUUGGUGGUAUUAGAGGUAUUGGGUCUGAUGAACAUAGGUAGGUAGGUACGUAUUAUAAGGAUUGAUGGUGUGCUAUUAUAAG